CAAUCAAGGUGGCGCACUAUCAGGGCCACAUCUGUCAAAUGCGAUUCUCCGGUAAUAAUCACCGGCGACCGUCGGAAACCGGUCGCCAGUUCGUGGAGGACGUUCUCGCUUUCCCUACUGGUCUCUCCGAGCUUGGUGUCCGCCCUGGAGACGUCGUCGCCAUUGCUGCUUUGAAUAGUGAUUGGUACAUUGAAUGGCUCCUGGCAAUCACAUUUGUUGGAGGGAUUGCAUCUCUGCUCAAUUACAGAUUGAGUCUUGAAGGAGCAAGAUUGGCCAUUGAGCUUGUUAGUCCUGUGAUGGUGGUGGUGGAUGAUAGCUGCAGCUCAUGGGCUCUUGAACUACAAGAAGCCUGCGCCAUUCUGUCUAUUAUUAGGUACCAUCCAUUAUUAAGAUAUGAGGCCUCAUUUGGAAGCAAAGCAAAAUGGCUUAGAACCACCGGAAAACCGAAGGGAGUUGCCAUAAGUCAUACAGCUUUGAUUGUUCAAUUCCUUGCAAAACUUGCAAUCAUUGGUUUCAGUGAAGAUGUUUAUCUCCACACAGAUCCCUUGUGCCACAUUGGUGGCAUAUCUUCAUGUAUGGCCAUACUAAUGGCGGCUGGUUGCCAUGUGGUAUUACCUAAGUUUGGUCCAGAGUCAUCUAUCCAAGCUAUUGAGCAGCUUAAUGUGACAUCUCUAAUUACUGUCCCAAUGAUGGCUGACCUUAUUUCAUAUAUCAGGUGGCAAUGCACUGCUACUGAAGGAAUGACUUACCUAUUUUCAUAUGGUAGCAAGUCAAGUAGUUGGGAAGAUGCAAUGAGGGUGAGCAAGAUCUUGAAUUGUGGUGGAAGCCUCUCAGUGGAGGCUCUCGAGCAAUGCUAUCCAUGUAUUUCCUCAUCGGGAAUUGUUUCAGCUCAUGAAAUGACAGAGGCCCGCUCUUUGCUGACUUUCAUUACACUUGCCAAUCCAAUAUAUCAUAUGACAUUGACAGUUGAGGUUAUUUUUGAGCAACGCCCAGGAAUAUCCAAUGUUGUUGUGGUCGGGAUUCCUGAUAUCCACUUAUCGGAGAAAGUGAUUGCUUGUCUUACCUUGAGGGAGGGCUGGCACUACAUCAAUAGAUUCAAAAUACCAAAGAGCUUUUUGUGGAAGAAAUCUUUCCCUUCAAUUACCACAGGGAAAUUGAGAAGGGAUGAUGUUAGACAAGAAGUUAUCUACGACAUGCAAAUUGCAUUGUUGAAAUUGUAAGUCUUGAGUUAUCAAUGUGUAAAUCAUCUGUUUUCUGAUAACAAUAAUUUUAUUAUAUUCUUUCAAUUAGAGAAUUCUUAGGAUCCGUCAACCAUUGGAUAGUCCAAUGGUAUGACACCAAAGUGUAAAGAGGGAGGUCAUGGGUUCAAAUCCCUCCCCCGCGGCAAUAUUGUUAUUCAUAUUGUUCAUAUACUGUUCACCUGAGAUUCUUAUAUUAUUUUUGUA